ACUGUUUCAUUACUACUAUACACGAUUGAAUUAUUCACUUGGACUUUUUUAGUUAUACAAUUGUAGUGUUUUGUUCAUAAUGCCUUUCUUUUAUCGUAAUCGGUACACGUAUAUGUGUAGAGGUUAGAUAUUUAACGGAUUUGUGAUUUAUCAAAAGUAUCCUGAAAAUUGAUUAUUCGUUGCAACAUACCAGAAGUCAUGUUUGUACGUUCUCUGUAAAAAUACGUUUGUUGCUUAUACUAUUUGAAUUUACUUAUUUUUGUAGAUGUAUGAAUAAGAAAAAUGUCUGUACAUUACAAAUUCAAAUCCACUUUGGACUACGACACUGUGUCCUUUGAUGGAUUACAUAUUUCUGUAGCAGACUUGAAGAAAGCUAUUUUUCAUCAAAAACGUAUAGGAAAGAAUACAGACUUUGAUUUGCAAAUAACAAAUGCUCAAACUAAAGAAGAUUACACAGAUGAUAAUGCAUUAAUUGCAAAGAAUACCAGUCUUAUCGUUGCUAGAGUUCCAUUAACAAUACAACAGAAACGAUCAUGGGAUAGAAAUGAGACUCCUUCGUUUAGUAAUUUAAAGGAUGAAACUAAUUUAGGACGGGCUGUGGACCUAACAAGGCUUGAUGGCUCAGAAGAAGAUAAGAUUCGAGCAAUGAUGACUCAGUCUACGCAAGAUUAUGAUCCAUCAAAUUAUAUGAAAAUACGUGGCGCUAAUCAAACUGGUGAUGUACCCGCAAAUUAUCGUUGUUACAAAUGUCAUCAACCUGGUCAUUGGAUCAAGAAUUGUCCGCUUGGAAUAAAUCAAGAACCCAUAGAAAUUAAAAAGAGUACAGGUAUUCCUAGGAGUUUUAUGGUUCCUGUAGAAGGGCCACGAGUUCCCGGUGCUAUGAUGACACCGACAGGUCAAUACGCUGUACCAGCUAUUGAUCAUCAAGCUUAUAAAGAGGGUAAAAAGGAACGACCACCGUUUUCCCAAGAUCCAGAACCCGCUGUGGAAAAGCCAGAAAUUCCGGAGGACUUAUUAUGUAAAAUUUGUAAAGAUCUCUUGACAGACGCAGUGAUGAUACCAUGCUGUGGCAAUUCAUUUUGUGACGAAUGUAUUCGUACGUUCUUGUUAGAAUCCGAGGAACACGAAUGUCCAGAUUGUAACGAAAAAGAUGUAUCACCAGAAACUCUUAUUCCAAAUCGCUUUUUAAGAAACGCUGUAAUGAGUUUUAAGAAUGAAACUGGGUAUGCUAAACGGCAAACAUACAGACAACCCUCACAAACCAAUAAACAAUCUGCAGCACAGUUAGAUCAACAAAAAACUGAACCGGUUACAUCAAGUCAAACAUCAAAUCAAAAUAAACCUGCUCAAACUGCAGGUGCUACUGUACCUUCUCAAGAGUAUACAGAAUCACAAUCAACAAAUUUUGAGUCUACACCUCAACAAUAUCCAGUUACUACACAACCACAGACUGCAACUGCUACUGAAUCAACAACAGAACCUGAUUUGCAAACUGAGCCUGUAGCAAAAGUGGCGUUAGAAGAAGAAACAGAGGUACCACCACCUCCAGGAACAGAACCAUUACUACCUAUUCCUGCAAUCGGCAGUUCACCAGAAAGAGAUAGAGAAAGGAGUGAUCCCCCAAGUCGCGAUAAGAAAGAACGUGAAAAUGAAUAUUCAGGAGAAAGACAAUCGAGAGAACGUAGACGAAGUUUUAGCAGAGAUAAUCACCGUGAUAGAAGUGGAGAACGUGGUCGUAGAAUGGAGAACUUGAGACCUGUAAGUCGAAGAAAAUCCUUGUCUCCUAGGCACUCACAACACAACGAUUAUGGUUCUCAAGGAGCACCAUUAUCACAUUUAAUGAAUCCUCCGCCAUCGAAAAGUUAUCAGGGGUUGCCACCCGAUGAUGGACAUUAUCCACCUAGUAUGCAUUAUGAAAGCGCCAUACGUAGAUCAACCGAAGAUCGUCCAGGCACUCCAACAGUUGAUGAACCACACCUACAUGUGCCUUCCAGCAAUCAGCCACCGCUUUUACCUUUUCCACCGGGUGAAGAUCGUAUUCCACAGCCAAGUUACAAUCAGCCUCCACCUAAUGUACCACCGCAUAAUCAACCUUUAUUACCAGAUCCAUACAUGAGUCAUCGAAUACCUAUUUAUCCUCAUCAACAAGGAUCUCACUAUGGACCUCCGCGAUAUGAAAGGCCUCCUUAUCAACAACAAGGAUACAGACCUUCGCAGCCACCCAGAAAUUAUAAUGGACCGCCACGUCCAAUUAGAGGAUUACAUCAUUUAAGUUAUCGAGGAUUGCAACCACCACCACCUGGAUUAGGUAGAAAUAUUCAUAAUGGUAAUCCACCUGGUAUAAUCGAUGAUCCAUUAGAAGCAUUUGAACGAAUGCUUCGAGAGAAAGAUGAACGAGACAGAAGGCUUGGUAAACAUAGAAGAAGAAGUAGAACACGGUCAAGAUCCCGUAGUUAUAGUAGAUCUAGAUCACGUUCGUUUAGUCGUAGAUCACCAUUUUCAACUCGCUUAAGUCGGUCUAGAAGCCCUCCAUCAAAAAGAAGGUCUUCAAGAUCACCUUUACCUCUCAGAACACGAAGUCGUACUCCAAAACGUAGAUCAAGAAGUGGAAGUUUCUCAAUUAGCAGAUCUAGAUCGUAUUCACGUAGUCAAUCCCCUAGAUUAUCUCUGUCACGAGAUAGGGACAGAGAAAGGGAUCGUGAUCGUGAACGUGAUCGUGAUCGCGACCGUGACCGUGAUCGGGAUCGGGACCGGGAUCGCGAACGUGAACGUGAACGUGAACGUGACCGUGAACGCGAACGUGAACGUGAACGUGAACGCGAACGAGAACGCGAACGAGAACGUGAACGUGAACGCGAACGUGAACGUGAUCGGGAUCGUGACCGUGAUCGUGAUCGAGACCGUGAUCGUGAUCGUGAUCGCGAAAGAGAAUUACUUUCUAGAUACCGAUCACCGCCUAGGUCACCUCCGAGAUUUCAAAGAGAGAGGGAUCGUGAUAGAGAUCGACCUAGAUCACGUGAACCUAGAGAAGGAUGUAAUAGUUAUUACAAUGAUUCACCAGCGCAUGAUUACCAAUUCAGAGAUCGAGAACGGGAUUUACCCCCUCGAGAUAGGCCAGUACCUAGAUAUCCCGUAAGGAACCAAGCUGCUCAGCAUAACAUACCACCUUUGCUGCCACAUUUAGUCACUGGAAAUCAUCCACCACCGCUUAUGUCGUUGGGACCUCCACCUACGGACAGGAAAGACUAUUAUGAUUCCUACAACAGGUAUUCUGGACCAUCGACGCAACGUUUUGCCAGUCCUUUGCGAGAUGUGCCUCAUAAAAGAUUUGAUGAUGUUGCACCUCCUGGAACAGAGGGUUACUAUGAUCUUUCACCUCCAGGUGUUGAAGUUUCUGAAAGAUCAUUACGCGAUGAUCGUGACCGACGCGUAUUAAGAGAUCAAGAAGAUCGUGAGCAUUCUCUUAAAGAUAAUGAUAACGAAGAACGGGAUAGAUUAUCAUUAAGGGAUGACAGGGGUCGUGAACGGGAUGAUCGUUUCCGUGAAAGAGAUGAAAGAGACCGAAGAGUUUUAAACAGAGAUCGUGAAGAUCGCGAAAGGCAAGGAUUGUCUAGAGAUCAUGAUGACAGAAUACGUGAUAAAGAUGAUCGUGAUAGAAGGGAGAAAGAGAAAGAGCGAGAUGAUAGACAUACCCGCGACCGUCGAGACGACGAUAGACAUAUUGAUAAAAAGGAUUAUGAUAAAGAUCGUUACAGAGACGAUAGAGAUCGUCAUAGACAGGACGAUAAGAAUCGUUCCCGUGAAAAGGAUAGACGCGAACGCGAUUACGAAUCCGAAAAAGAUAGAGAUCGUCACGAACGUUACGAGCGACGUUCGGUUGAAAAGAAGAAAACCAGAAAGAGUUUAACACCUUAUUCACAGAAAUCUAGAACCGAUGGAAAGGAUGUAUCUCCAGAACGUAUGAAGAAAAAGGAAAAAGAUCACGAGGAAAGGAACGAAGAGAAGAAGAAAGAGAAGAAAAUCAAAGAAAAGAAGAAGAAGAAAGACGACGAGAAAGAGAAGAAAAAGAAGAAGAAGAAAGAAAAGAAAUCUGGUCAGAAAGAUGCGAUAAAAGACGAACCUAUAAAGUCAAUUGAACAGGAAGAAUUAAUAGUAGAAACUAAACAGGAAACUAUGUCGCCAACGAAAGCUGACGUUAUCAAAUCAACCAAUGAAGAUGAGAAUAUUGAAAAUAGGAUAGUCUGUAUUCCUCCUGAACCCAGUAUGGAGGAAUCCAUUAAAGAAGAAUUUGAGGAUAAAUCUUUGGCAAUGAAUCCGGAACCUCCAGAAUUCCACGAGCCUAGCCCAGAAAGAAUGGAUCACACAGAAUUUGGAACGAAUCCACCCAAUCCGAAUUUCAAACCAAUUCCAGAAUUAAAAUCAGAGAUCAAACCCAUUGACAACCUUUACAGUGGAUUGGACGAUACAGAAAUAAAUACGGUAAUAACAGAAAAAUAUUCUUUACUAUCAGAGAAUGAAACAGAAGAGAAAAGUACAUUGUUAGGAGAUAAAUCUCCUAAGAAGGAUGAAUUCUUAGCUCCUCUGCCAGAGCUAUCUAAAUGGGAAAGGGAUGACACGGUGGAAAAAGGUGAUGAAAUAUGCGACACUUCUAUAGAAAAGAUCCAAACGGACGAACCUAAAAGUACUAAAGUAGUAACAUCAGAGGUGUUAAAACGAGCUGAAAAUGCGAUAUUCCAAAAAGCGAUCAACGCCAUUAGGCCAAUUGAAAUAAAGAAGAUAAGCGAAAGUAGAAAGGUACUGUAUCAAAAUCCAGAACCUAAGGUAAUUGAAACUGAACCAAAUAGAGAACCCAGAAAGAGCGUGAACGUAACGAUAAACGUCGGACGAAAUGAGAGGAACGUUGAAAUAACGGAACCGGUAAAGAAAGCCAAAUUGGACAGAACAAAAUUCAAACCGGUACCAGAAACUUAUUCACCUACGAGACUUUCAGCUAAGGAAAGGCUGGGUGAGAAGGUAGAGGAGAAUAAAGAAAGAAAAAUUAGUCCUAUUAAAAGUUUCUUAGACAGGCGCGAAGGAAAGGGUGAAAAUCAAUCUAGAAGUAGAUCUCCUAGGAUUAGAGAUAAAAGAAUUUCUCCGCUGUUAGACAGACGCGUCGAUUCGUCGUUAAAUUUACCAGGAAACGAAAGAAAAGUAUUUCUGGAUGACAGAAAACGAGAGAACAAGGAUCGUUCGAAGGACAGAAACGAGUUUAGGAAUGAACGACACGACAUGAGAUCUGACAGGGAUCCAAGGGGAGAUUUUAGAUCAACGCGAAACGAUGUUAAAGAUAAAGACAGGGAUAAGGAGAGGGAUAGAGAAAGAAGAGGUAGAACACCGUCUUGUACAUUUAAAAGAAAUGAUAUUUCGAAGAUAAGUCUUUUAAAAGGUAGAGACGAUGAUAGUGAUAGAAGGAGGGAGAAGAAGUCUAAAGAGGAUAAGAAGAGGAAGAAGGACCAUCGAAGUAGGAGUAAAUCUAAAGAACACAAAAAACGAAAAGAGAAAAAACACAAGAAGGAUAAGGAAAAGAAUUCAGAAAAGAAACAGAAGCACAAAGAGAAUAUUGUUCUGAAAGAUAAAGUUGAAACCAGUGAAACGAAAAUAAAUUAUGAAAAUCCUGAACCUCCUGUCGUUGAAUCGAUAAAGAAGCAAAGAAAGAAUCCAAGGCUGGUAUCUGAUCGUAAACGUAGCAUACUUGAUGAAGCUAAUUUCGAGCCUGAUUAUAGUGCUUCAGAUUCUGAAUCUGACGGCGAAGAUGGUAAAGUAAUGCCGUUACCAGCUAAGAAGCUUAAACUAGACGAGCCGGACAUGGAAAAAGAAAUGGACAUAAAACCUCUUAAAAAGCGAUCAAAAUCAACAAGUAGCGAGGAUUCGUCUAGUAGUUCGGACAGUUCAAGCACAGAUACUGAUAGUUCAGACGAGUCACACAAAAAGAAGAAGAAAAAGCACAAGAAGCAUAAGAAGAAGAAGUCUAUAAAAAAGGACAGUAGUUCUGAUACAGAUUCAUAUUCGGACUCCUCAGAUACAAGUAGCGACGAGGAGAAACACAAAAAGAAAUCAAAAAAGUCGAAGAAUAGAAACAAACAAGCUAAGAAGAAGAAAAAGUCCAAACACAAAUGACGUCAUUAGAUGUCUUAAAUGUUUUAAAACUGAAUUUUGACAGAAACUUUUCUUUGUGAAUGCUUUUUAAUUGUAAGAUCCUCUACCAGAAUUAUUUCUAAUUAUCUGCAUCGAAUUAAGAUUGUUAUUCGACAUCUAUAAAACAACAUAGCCAGUUUAUGCUAUAUUUACAAUAUCAUAACAGGGUUCAAAGUUGCUUUGAACAGACAUUGAUUGAUUGAUUACUUAUUACUGAUAUCUUUUUAGAUAAAAAAUUUAACAAAAUGAUAAGUGAAAAGAAGUGAUGCGAGUCGUUUAACUGGUAAUAUUUAAUUUUCAAAUAUUAUUAAGGCCUUUAAUGAUUGUCUAUAUUCCAGUUCCAUCUUUGAAAUAUUGUAAGUAAAUUCGUUACAAUAAGUGAUGUACAUUAUAGCAGUCAGUAGAUAGUAUCGUUAAGAAAUACAAUACUUUUAGAGAAUAACAGCAGUUAUAUAUUUACAAUCCCUAAUAUUUCAAUAUUGUAUUGUACUUUCAUAAUGUAAUGUCAGUAUGUAAAAGACGUCAUCAAAUAAAAAGACCAAAUUCUUUUAA